AUGUACGGGACAUCAACCGGCCCUCAGACGGGCAUUAAUACCCCCCGCUCUUCGCAGUCGCUGCGGCCUUUGAUCCUCAAUCACGGGUCGCUUGAGUUCUCUUUCCUCGUGCCUACUUCCAUUCACUUCCAUGCCUCCCAGUUGAAGGACACAUUCACAGCCUCUUUACCGGAACCGACCGAUGAGCUUGCCCAGGACGACGAGCCCUCUUCGGUAGCGGAGCUGGUGGCCCGCUACAUUGGGCAUGUGGCUCACGAGGUGGAGGAAGGCGAGGAUGAUGCACAGGGGACUUACCUCGAGGUUCUGAAGCUCGUACUCAACGAGUUUGAGAGGGCUUUCAUGCGCGGCAACGAUGUCCAUGCCGUCGCGGCCGGCCUCCCCGGCAUCUCCGCCAAGAAGAUCAUGGUCGUCAAGGCCUACUACGCCGGACGGGCCGCCGCAGGACGUCCCACCAAGCCCUACGACUCGGCCCUCUUCCGCGAUGCCGCGGACGGCAAGGCCGGCAUCUACACGGUCUUCGGAGGCCAGGGCAACAUCGAAGAGUACUUUGACGAGCUGAGAGAGGUCUACACAACAUAUCCUUCAUUCGUCGAAGAGCUCAUCACUUCCGCUGCCGAGCUGCUGCUCUCGCUCUCCAGAGAGCCCGAGGCAAGCAAGCUCUAUCCCAAGGGUUUAGAUAUCCUCAAGUGGCUCCAAAACCCUGACUCGCAACCGGACACCGACUACCUGGUCUCUGCGCCGGUGAGUCUGCCGUUGAUUGGUUUGGUGCAGCUGGCCCACUAUGUGGUGACCUGCAAGUCCCUGGGCAAGCAGCCCGGUGAUGUUCUCGAAAGAUUCAGCGGCACCACCGGCCAUUCCCAGGGCGUCGUCACCGCCGCCGCAAUCGCCUCGGCCACCACCUGGGAGUCCUUUGCCAAGGCCGCCACGGAUGCCCUGACCAUGCUCUUCUGGAUUGGCCUACGCAGCCAGCAGGCUUAUCCUCGCACGUCGAUCGCCCCCUCCGUCCUGCAGGACUCGAUCGAGAACGGAGAGGGCACCCCGACCCCCAUGCUCUCCAUCCGUGACCUGCCCAGAGCGGCUGUCCAGGACCAUAUCGAUGCCACCAACCAGCAUCUCCCCGAAGACCGCCACAUCUCCAUCUCCCUUGUCAACAGCGCCCGGAAUUUCGUCGUCACCGGUCCCCCCCUGUCUCUCUAUGGUCUCAACCUGCGCCUCCGCAAAGUCAAGGCCCCCACAGGGCUCGACCAGAACCGCGUCCCUUACACCCAACGUAAGGUGCGUUUUGUGAAUCGGUUCCUGCCGAUCACCGCGCCGUUCCACAGCCAGUACCUGACUUCCUCCUACGACCGCAUCCUGGAGGAUCUGGAGGAUGUGCUGAUCCCCGGCAAGGCGCUUGGGAUCGCCGUCUACGACACCAAGACCGGCGAUGACCUUCGCACUCUCGGCGACAAGAACGUCGUCCCUGCCUUGGUCCGUAUGAUCACCCACGAUCCGGUCAACUGGGAGAAGGCCACCAUCUUCCCGGGCGCCACGCACAUCGUCGACUUUGGCCCUGGUGGCAUCUCCGGCCUGGGCGUCUUGACCAACCGCAACAAGGAUGGCACCGGUGUUCGUGUCAUCCUCGCAGGUGCCAUGGACGGGACCAAUGCCGAGGUCGGUUACAAGCCCGAGCUCUUCGACCGUGAUGAGGCGUCUGUGGAGUACGCUGUCGACUGGGUGAAGGAGCAUGGCCCUCGCUUGGUCAAGACCUCCGCUGGUCAGACUUUCGUCGACACUAAGAUGAGUCGACUCUUGGGUGUGCCUCCCUUCAUGGUUGCCGGUAUGACCCCCACCACUGUUCCCUGGGAUUUUGUGGCAGCGACCAUGAAUGCCGGGUACCACAUCGAACUUGCUGGUGGCGGUUACUACAAUGGCAAGACAAUGACCGAGGCCGUCGAUAAGAUCGAGAAGGCCAUCCCCCCCGGCCGGGGAAUCACCAUCAACCUGAUCUACGUGAACCCGCGCGCCAUGGCGUGGCAGAUUCCUCUGAUUGGCAAGUUGAGGGCCGAUGGCGUGCCCGUUGAAGGUCUCACCAUCGGUGCCGGUGUGCCAUCCAUUGAGGUUGCCAAUGAAUACAUUGAGACCCUGGGCAUCAAGCACAUCGCAUUCAAGCCCGGCUCGGUUGACGCCAUUCAGCAAGUCAUCAAUAUUGCCAAGGCCAACCCCAAGUUCCCCAUCAUCUGCCAGUGGACCGGUGGCCGUGGUGGUGGCCAUCACUCCUUUGAGGAUUUCCACCAGCCCAUUCUGCAGAUGUACAGCCGUAUCCGAAAGUGUGACAAUAUCGUCCUCGUCGCUGGCAGUGGCUUCGGUGGUUCCGAGGAUACCUACCCGUAUCUCACCGGUGCUUGGUCCUCUCAUUUCGGCUACCCGCCGAUGCCCUUCGACGGCUGUUUGUUCGGAAGUCGCAUGAUGAUCGCCAAGGAGGCCCACACCUCCAAGAACGCCAAGAAGGCCAUUGCCGACGCUCCUGGUCUCGAGGAUGGUCAGUGGGAAAAUACGUACAAGGGCGCCGCCGGUGGUGUUGUGACGGUCCUCUCGGAGAUGGGCGAGCCUAUUCACAAGCUUGCCACCCGAGGUGUCCUGUUCUGGCAUGAAAUGGACCAGAAGAUCUUCAAGCUGGAUAAGGCCAAGCGCGUCCCAGAGCUGAAGAAGCAACGCAACUACAUCAUCAAGAAGCUGAACGACGACUUCCACAAGGUUUGGUUCGGCCGCAAUGCUGCCGGUGAAACCGUCGAUCUCGAGGAUAUGACCUAUGCCGAGGUUGUCCACCGCAUGGCGGAGCUCAUGUACGUCAAGCACGAGUCCCGAUGGAUCGAUGAUUCCCUCAAGCGCCUGACGGGCGACUUCAUCCGCCGCGUUGAAGAGCGUUUCACCACUGCGCAGGGUCAGCCCUCCCUCCUCCAGAACUAUUCCGAACUGGACACCCCUUACCCUGCCAUCGACAACAUCCUCGCCGCCUACCCCGAGGCUGCCACCCAACUCAUCAAUGCUCAGGAUGUGCACCACUUCCUCAUCCUGUGCCAGCGCCGUGGUCAGAAGCCCGUUCCUUUCGUUCCUUCUUUGGAUGAGAACUUUGAAUUCUGGUUCAAGAAGGAUUCUCUCUGGCAGAGCGAGGACCUGGAGGCCGUUGUUGGCCAAGAUGUUGGCAGAACUUGUAUCCUGCAGGGCCCCAUGGCCGCCAAGUUCUCCACCAUCAUUGAUGAGCCUGUGAAGAGCAUCCUGGAUGGCAUCCAUGAGGGCCACAUCCAGGGCCUGGUCCAGGAUGUUUAUGGCGGCGAUGAAUCCAGGAUCCCUGUCAUCGAAUACUUUGGAGGAAAGCUGGGUGAGUCGGAUGACAUUGCCGAGAUUGAUGGCCUGACUAUCUCCGAGGAUGCAAGCAAGAUCACUUACAGAUUGUCCUCCUCUCCGACGGCCAACCUCCCUGAUCUCGACAGCUGGCUGAGCAUCCUCGCCGGGGAAUCGUACUCUUGGAGGCAUGCUUUCUUCCUCGCCGAUGGUUUCGUCCAGGGUCACCGCUUCCAAAAGAACCCCAUGAAACGGAUUGUCGCCCCGACCGCCGGCAUGUACGUGGAGAUUGCCAACCCCAACGAACCCUCCAAGACCGUCAUCACUGUCCGAGAGCCCUACCAGUCCGGGAAGCUCGUCAAGACAGUGGAGGCCAAGAUGAACGAGAAGCUCGAAAUCAGCUUGACCCUGUACGAAGGAAGGACCGCCGAAGGCGGUGUUGUGCCCCUGAGCUUCCUCUUCACCUAUCACCCUGAAGCAGGUUACGCGCCGAUCAGAGAGAUCAUGAGCAGCCGUAAUGACCGGAUCAAGGAGUUCUACUACCGUAUCUGGUUCGGUGAUAAGAACGUUCCCUUUGAUACCCCUACCACUGCUACCUUCAAUGGUGGACGCGAGACCAUCACCUCUCAGGCCGUGGCCGACUUUGUCCACGCAGUUGGCAACACGGGCGAGGCCUUUGUGGAACGCCCUGGAAAGGAGGUCUUUGCUCCUAUGGACUUUGCCAUCGUCGUUGGCUGGAAGGCCAUCACCAAGCCGAUCUUCCCUCGUACCAUCGACGGUGAUCUCCUCAAGCUGGUCCACCUCUCGAACGGCUUCAAGAUGGUUCCCGGCGCUCAACCUCUGAAGGUUGGUGAUGUCCUUGAUACCACCGCCCAGAUCAAUGCCGUCAUCAACCAGGAUUCCGGAAAGAUGGUUGAGGUCUGUGGUACUAUCAAGAGAGACGGCCAGGCCAUCAUGCAUGUCACCAGUCAGUUCCUGUACCGGGGUGCCUACACCGAUUUCGAAAACACCUUCCAGCGCAAGGACGAGGUGCCCAUGCAGGUCCACCUGGGCUCCAGCAGAGACGUUGCCGUCCUUCGCUCCAAGGAGUGGUUCCGCAUGGAUGACUCCGAUGCCGAGCUUCUGGGACAGACCCUGAUUUUCCGUCUGCAGAGUUUGAUUCGUUUCAAGAACAAGUCGGUCUUCAGCAGCGUCCAAACCAUCGGACAGGUCCUUCUGGAGCUACCUACCAAGGAGAUCAUUCAGGUUGCCUCUGUUGACUACGAGGCCGGCACUUCUCAUGGCAACCCGGUCAUUGACUAUCUCCAGCGUAACGGCACUUCGAUUGAGCAGCCUGUGUAUUUCGAGAACCCCAUCCCCUUGAGCGGCAAGACUCCUCUUGUCCUGCGUGCCCCGGCCUCCAACGAGACCUAUGCGCGUGUCUCUGGAGAUUACAACCCUAUCCACGUCUCUCGUGUGUUCUCCAGCUACGCCAACCUCCCCGGUACCAUCACUCACGGCAUGUACACCAGUGCUGCGGUGCGAAGCUUUGUUGAGACAUGGGCCGCCGAGAACAACAUUGGUCGGGUUCGUGGAUUCCACGUCUCGCUUGUCGGCAUGGUUCUGCCCAACGAUGUGAUCACCGUCAAGCUGCAGCAUGUCGGUAUGAUUGCGGGUCGCAAGAUCAUCAAGGUCGAAGCCAUCAACAAGGAGACCGAGGACAAGGUUCUCCUGGGUGAGGCUGAGGUUGAACAGCCGGUCACUUCGUACGUCUUCACUGGCCAAGGCUCCCAGGAGCAAGGUAUGGGUAUGGAGCUGUACGGAAGCAGCCCGGUCGCGAAGGAGGUCUGGGAUCGCGCCGACAGGCACUUCAUCGAGAACUAUGGUUUCUCCAUCGUUGAGAUUGUCAAGAAUAACCCCAAGGAGCUUACCGUCUACUUCGGUGGUCCUCGGGGCAAGGCCAUCCGUCAAAACUACAUGUCCAUGACUUUCGAAACCGUCAAUGCAGACGGUAGCAUCAAGUCCGAGAAGAUCUUCAAGGAGAUCGAUGAGACGACCACAAGCUACACCUACCGUUCUCCUACCGGACUGUUGUCUGCCACCCAGUUCACCCAGCCGGCCCUGACCCUGAUGGAGAAGGCAAGCUUCGAGGACAUGCGCUCCAGGGGUCUCGUCCAGAGAGACAGCAGCUUUGCCGGUCACUCUCUGGGUGAGUACUCUGCGCUUGCUGCUCUGGCUGAUGUCAUGCCCAUUGAGAGCUUGGUCUCCGUGGUGUUUUACCGUGGUUUAACCAUGCAGGUGGCUGUCGAGCGUGACGAACAAGGUCGCUCUAACUACUCCAUGUGCGCCGUCAACCCGAGCCGCAUCUCCAAGACCUUCAAUGAGCAGGCUCUGCAGUACGUGGUGGAGGUUAUUGCUGAGAUGACAGGAUGGCUCUUGGAGAUUGUCAACUACAACGUUGCUAACAUGCAAUAUGUGGCUGCUGGUGAUCUUCGUGCCCUUGACUGCCUGACAAACCUCCUCAACUACUUGAAGGCCCAGAACAUCGAUGUGCCUGCUCUCAUGCAGAGCAUGUCCCUAGAGGAUGUCAAGGCGCACCUUGUCAAGAUCAUCCAAGAAUGCGCCAAGCAGACCGAGGCCAAGCCCAAGCCGAUCGCCCUGGAACGUGGCUUUGCUACCAUCCCGCUGAAGGGUAUUGAUGUGCCGUUCCACAGCACCUUCCUCCGCUCCGGCGUCAAGCCCUUCCGGUCCUUCUUGCUCAAGAAAAUCAACAAGACCACAAUCGACCCCAGCAAGCUGGUUGGGAAGUACAUCCCCAACGUCACGGCCCGCCCCUUCGAGCUCACCAAGGAGUAUUUCGAAGACGUCUACCGGCUCACUAAUUCCCCGCGCAUCGCCAGCAUUCUGGCCAACUGGGAGAAAUACGAGGAAUGA